AAUUGAUGAGGUGCAGUUUAUAUCAACACCGUUUAAUAAGAAAGUAAAAUAGACUGCCGUUUAUUAUGGCAGGAAACUUCUGGCAAAGUUCACAUUAUCAGCAAUGGCUGCUGGACAAACAGGAUCUAGCAAGAGAGAGGCAAGCAGAUCUGAAAGUGAUGAGUGAGGAUGAAUAUGAAAAAUGCAUGAUCUUCUUUGCCAAUUUUAUACAAGCACUUGGAGAGCAGUCAAAAGUACGACAGCAAGUAAUUGCUACAGCGACAGUCUACUUCAAGAGAUUUUAUGCAAGAAACUCACUGAAAUGCAUUGACCCCUGGCUAAUGGCCCCAACAUGUAUUUUUCUUGCAUCAAAAGUGGAGGAGUUUGGCUUGAUAUCUAACAGUAGGCUCAUCACAACCUGUCAGACAGUUGUGAAGAACAAGUUUUCCCAUGCAUAUCCCCAGGAAUACCCAUACAGAAGUAACAAUGUGUUAGAGUGUGAAUUCUACUUGCUGGAAAUGAUGGACUGUUGCCUGGUUGUGUUCCACCCAUAUCGUCCACUGGUGCAGUAUGUAUCGGACAUAAGCUCUACAGAUGACAGCAUUCUGCCAUUGGCCUGGCGUAUUGUGAAUGACUCCCUGCGGACAGACGUGUGUUUAUUGUAUCCACCGUACCUUAUUGCAUUAUCUGCACUGCACAUAGCGUGUGUCAUACAACAGAAAGACUUAAAGCAGUGGUUCGCAGAGUUAUCGGUGGACAUGGAUAAAAUCCUAGAAAUCACACGCCAGAUUCUCCAUCUCUAUGAUCUGUGGAAAAACUAUGACGAGAAAAAGGAGAUUGCUGCAGUCUUACAUAAUAUGCCACGCCCCAAAACAAGCCCAUCACCACCUCCACAGUCGUCAAGUCAGGACAACCAGCAACAACAGCAGUGACUGGGCAAAUAACUUAUAAGGAACAAUUCACACGCACACUUGGAAAACUUGGCUUAAUGCAUGUGCGUUAAGUGUCAUCCCAGAUUAGCCUGUGCAGUGCCCAGUGUGUGCAGUGUUGGACAGAUCAUUUGUGACGUUUUAUACCAAUUAUUGAAUGUGAUUGUUUUUAUAAUGAGAUAAUGACAUAUCAGUAUGUUGCCUAUAUGUUAAGCAGCCAUUGGUAGGCUUUUUGAUGCGUAAAAAUGUGUUCCUUUUUGCCUUAUAAUUGUAAUUCAGAUCCAUAUAUUUUGGUGUUAGUUUAAACCUUUUUAUUCUAUAGCAUCGAAAGAGUUAGGCUUAAUGAUACGCUAUUGAGUCCGUUUCCUGGGCCCAGAACCAGUACUUGGUGUCUUUUUGAGAAGAUCUGAAGAACGCUCACGAAUGGGGAUCGAACCCGUAACCUCCCGGUUGCUUGACGGACACCAUAUCCACAACGCCACAUUGACCUCUUUACAUUUUAAUUAUAUAAUUGUCAACAGUAUCUCGAUGUAAAAUAUGGCUUCAAACGAAUUUACGACAUACAUUUUAAGAUCUACAUUUAAUUUAAGUGUCCUAAAAAGGUAAUGUGGAGAGGUCAGAUUUUUCCUUCACAUGUCAUGUCCUUUAUAAUUGUAUUCAAGGAUUGUGUUUUGACGCCCCAGCAUCUAUAGAUGCCAGGAAGCAUAUAGCCCUUGGCCUGUUCAUUGGUUGUUCUGUUCGUCCUGCCAUCAAUCAGGUAAAUCAAAAAUGUUUUGCAAGUAUUUCUUCCAUCAAAACUUUUAUACUUGCCUUGAUGAUGUCUUGGGACACUAUCAACAUACCCACAUCAACUGAUCUCAUUCUGACCUUUACAUUGACCUUUUGGACUUUGGACUAAUUCAGAAGGUCAAAAUUUUUGGUUUACCUAAAAUGAAGUCUUGUGUCGAAUUUAAAUACUGCUGGCUACAAGGUGAUGAUACUUAACCCUUUACCACUUAGAUACGUAUUUUGAUGUGUUUGUAGUCCCUUAGAAACUUAAAUUUAAUUAAAGAUCUUUCAAACUAGAUAAACAUUUUAAAGGCCUCAUUUCCAACUCUUAGAUAUUGAUGAGCAGCAAACAGCAUAAAACUUGAAUAGACUGCGAGUUACUCGCAGGCUGUUCUGGUUUUAUGCUGUUAGCACAUAGCAAUGUUCACUUUACAUCUGAGUGUGUUAAGUGGUUGUUAUCUAUGACUUGUUUGAGUUUCUUCCAACAUCAAUAAUGCUGCCUGCAAUGCGUUCAUACUUUUAUGUAUGAUGUCUUUGAGCACCAUUAACACUAUCACAUCGCCUUUCCUCAUUUUGACCUUGUCAUGGACCUACUUUUGGACUAAGACAUAUUCAAAUGGGUCAAUAAAUAUAUACUGACCUGGUUUAUUUUUGCGUUUGCGUUUAUUAAAAGCAGCGUUUUGUUUACUUUUGUAUUUGUAUCAUAUGAUAAGUUUUAUACAAAGGUGUUUUUAUGCCCCCGGUAGGGUGGCAUAUAGCAAUAGAACUGUCCUUUAGUCUGUCCGUCAGUCAGUCUGUCCGUCCAAAAACUUUAACAGAAAAAUUUAACAUUGGCCAUAACUUUUGCAAUAUUGAAGAUAGCAAUUUGAUAUUUUGCAUGCAUGUGUAUCUCAUGGAGCUGCACAUUUUUGAGUGGUGAAAGGUCAAGGUCAUCCUUCAAUGUCAGAGGUAAAAAAACAAACAAAUCCAAGGGAAGUAACAAGCUUUAAAGGGAGAUAAUUUAUAUUUAUCAUUUGGCAGGUACAGGUCAUUUUUACAAGGGAAGUAAUAUUUUUAAAGGGAUAUAAUAAAAAAAAUUAUAUCAAAGCGGCGCAGUAGGGGGCAUUGUGUUUCUGACAAACACAUCUCUUGUUUUGAAUAAUAAUUAUUCUGAUUGAGGAUCAUUAAAUGAUCACAGCAGUAAACAAUUGAAUAAAUGUGUACAUUUUU